GAGAGAAAUCGAGGUGUAAAUAAAUUUCCCAACCAAUUAGAAAUGUUUAAUACUAUUUAAAACUAGCCGUUAGGUUCAUUAUUUGGAGAGAGCCUCUCUGAAAACACUGAACCCUCUCCUCUCCAAUGCACCUCAUUUUCUGUCUACCAAAUUUAUCUCCCCCAUAAACAAGAAGAUUCCCUCACUCACUCUCUCUAUCUCUCACUACAAAACCCAUUUCUCUUCUUGCCUUUCUCCUGUUUCACACUAUCACUCCUUCUGUUUCACUUCAGCUCAUCAUCUACAGCUUCAUCAAUGUCUAUAGUGAAUUUGUGUGGGUUUAACACAGACCCAUUUCAGUUUCUAAUGAAAAGAAGAAUUCAUCAGUGUAAAAAGAAAGAAAAAUGGAAGAGAAAUCAUCAUUCAUUGAUUUCAAACCAUUUAUUCUUAUUUCUACUAUUUGUAGCCAUUCAAUCAGUUUCAGCAAAAUGGGAUGGAACUAUUGUAACUCAAGGUGAUUAUGAAUCCCUACAAGCAGUGAAACACGACUUAAUCGAUCCGAAAGGGUUUUUAAGGAGCUGGAACGACAGUGUUAGUGCUUGUUCAGGUGGAUGGGCUGGAAUCAAAUGUGCACAAGGUCAAGUUAUUGUAAUUCAGCUUCCAUGGAAAGGGUUUGGUGGUCGAAUCUCUGAAAAGAUCGGACAACUUCAAGCACUUCGAAAGCUUAGUCUCCAUGAUAACUAUCUUACUGGUACAAUUCCUACAUCUCUUGGUUUUUUACCAAAUCUUAGAGGUGUUCAGCUCUUUAAUAAUCGUCUUUCCGGUAAUAUUCCACCUUCGAUUGGUUCUUGUCCAUUGCUUCAAACUAUUGAUUUCAGUAAUAAUAAACUCAAUGGAAUAGUCCCUUAUACUCUGGCAAACACUACUAAGCUUUAUUAUGUUAAUCUUAGUUUUAACGGUUUAUCGGGUCCGGUUCCGGUUAGUUUCACUAAAUCACCUGCUCUUACUUUCUUGGCACUUCAGUAUAAUAAUUUUACUGGACCUAUUCCUGUUUCAUUAGCCAAAUUGAGUAAUCUGCAAGAGAUUUCUUUGGGUCAUAAUCAGAUUAAUGGGACUAUUCCUACAGAAAUUGGCUCAUUGUCGAAGCUGCAAACACUAGAUGUCUCAGAUAAUGAUUUAACUGGUACAAUUCCUGCAAGUCUUGGUAACAUUUCUAGUCUGACCAAGCUUGAUUUGUCUGAAAACAGUUUAUCUGGAGAAAUUCCAAAUUCAAUUUCUGGUUUAGCCAAUCUCAAGUUCUUAAAUGUUUCUUAUAAUAAUCUAUCUGGUGCUGUUCCGAUUCUUCUGUUGAGAAAAUUCAACUCAACUUCUUUUAUGGGAAACCUUGAGCUUUGUGGCUAUUCAGCUUCAACCCCAUGUCCAUCUCCUCCACCAAGCAUCUCACCUACAUCACCCGCGGGUUUGGGACACCGUCGCCGUAAAUUGAGUACUAAAGAUAUAGUUCUCAUAGCUGCAGGAUCUCUUCUUGCAGUUUUACUUCUUCUUUGUUGUAUUUUACUGUGCUGUUUGAUAAGAAAAAGAUCUGCUUCGAAAUCGAAGGGCACUCAGGCUGGUACCGCAAGAGCUGCAACGACGGAAAAGGGUGUAGCUGCAAUGGGGCCUGAAGUGGAAUCUGGGGGUGAAACUGGUGGGAAAUUAGUGCAUUUUGAUGGGCCAUUGACAUUUACGGCCGAUGACCUUUUAUGUGCAACUGCAGAAAUAAUGGGGAAGAGUACUUAUGGGACAGUUUAUAAGGCCACAUUGGAAGAUGGUAGUGAAGUUGCAGUGAAGAGAUUGAGGGAAAAAAUUGCUAGAAAUCCUAGGGAAUUCGAAGUAGAGGUUAAUUUGCUCGGGAAGAUUCGACAUCCGAAUCUAUUGGCUCUUAGAGCUUAUUAUUUAGGCCCCAAAGGAGAAAAGCUUCUCGUGUUUGAUUACAUGCCUAAAGGGAGUCUUACCACUUUCCUCCAUGCUCGAGGUCCUGAUAUGCCCAUUGAUUGGCCAACAAGGAUGAACAUAGCCAUCGGUGCAGCUCGUGGUUUAAGCUAUUUUCACCACAAUGAGAGCAUGGUUCAUGGGAAUUUGACGUCUAGCAACAUUCUACUUGACGAACAAACAAAUUCGAAAAUUGCAGAUUAUGGCUUGUCACGACUCAUGACCACUGCUGUCAAUUCAAAUGUGAUUGCAACCGCAGCAGCUCUAGGAUACCGUGCUCCAGAACUGUCGAAACUUAAGAAGGCAAACACAAAAACUGAUGUCUACAGUUUAGGAGUUAUCAUAUUAGAACUUUUAACUGGGAAAUCUCCAGGAGAGGCAAUGCACGGAGUUGAUUUACCACAAUGGGUAGCUUCAAUUGUUAAGGAAGAAUGGACAAAUGAAGUUUUUGAUGUCGAGUUAAUGAGAGAUGCUUCUACAACAGGAGAUGAAUUGCUUAAUACUUUGAAACUAGCUCUACAUUGUGUUGAUCCAUCACCAGCAGCACGGCCAGAAGUUCAACAAGUACUUCAACAACUGGAAGAAAUUAAACUUGAGUUUGCUUCCAGUUCAGGUGAUGAUAGUGGUGCUGGUGUUAGUGGCUCUGGUGAUGGUGCCGCCGUCGCCGCCCCUACAAAUUGAUGGGCACCUCUUAGAAGUUGAUGUUGCUUUUGGUUGAAAAUAGUAUAGAUAUUGUAUUAGCAGUUGUAGUAAAGUUAUGUUUGAGAUUAAAUUCUUUUAUUCUUAAAGUUUUGUCUAAUGUUUGAGA